UCGAACCCCAGACCCACCGGAGAGCAGGACCGGGUCCAACCCACUGCGCCACCGCACCCCCUCCUCACAUCAACUAAUCCCCUGAAAUACAGGUUCGACUUUAACACAGCAACCUGGAAGUGUAUGUAAAAGAGGGGGGAGAUAAAUGUUUGCAGGGACAGGACAGGACAAGGACGGAGAGUGAGGACUACGACCUAAUAAUCACUGUCAGCCUUUGACACACAUUUUCCUUCUCCCCGGCGGAGACACAACUAACUACCAGAAAAAGAAGAGAGAGAACGGCGAGGAAAAAAUGGCCGCUCCCAGGAAGGUGGUGGAGCUCUUCUACGACGUCGUGUCUCCGUACUCGUGGCUCGGCUUCGAGGUCCUCUGUCGGUACAAACAUGUGUGGAACAUGGAGCUUCGUCUUCGCCCCGCUCUUCUGGGAGGAGUCAUGCAGGGCUCAGGCAACAAACCCCCUGCCUUGGUCCCCAACAAGUUCGCUUACAUGUCCAAAGACCUGAGUCGCCUGAGGGAGUAUUUUGCGGUUCCUCUCAGCUUUCCUGCAGACCCUUUCGAAGUCAUGUUCAAGAAAGGUUCCCUUGCAGCGAUGCGCUACGUAACGGCAGUGGCUGAGAGUGGGGGGGCCUCUGAAGCUGAUGUAGAGAAAGUCUCCAGGGAACUCUGGAUGAGAAUCUGGAGUCGAAACGAAGACAUCACUCUGGCUACGUCGCUUUCUGAGGCAGGUCUGAAGGCAGGUCUUCCUGCUAGUGAAGUAGAGGAGUGUCUACAACUUGCCAGCUCCCAGAAGAUAAAGGACAAGUUGAAGAGCGCAACCCAGGAAGCUCUUGAUCUUGGGGCCUUCGGAUUCCCUCUGUCUGUGUGUCACAUAGAUGGAAAAAAGGAGGUGUUCUUUGGGGCUGAUCGAUUUGAGCUCAUGGCACACUGCCUAGGAGAAAAGUGGUUGGGACCUCAGCCCACCAAGCCCACUGCCAAAAUGUGAAGCUGCACAUGUAAACGUGGUUAAAUAAAUAUCUGAAAU